UUGACGUGUUUAUUUCACGUUGUUUAGCCGAUUCAUUUAUAUAUGCUUAUUCUUCCUCUCAUCACGAUCUCUACAAGUAGUCUGUUUCGUAGUAUAGUUUCGCUAAAUUAGUGAACAUGUUACACACAUAUUGCUUGGGUAUAUUGCUGCUCGUAGCGGGAUCGUUAGCCCUGUACGACCAACCCUCUGACGUGGUGGAACUAACAGACAAAAAUUUCGAUAGUCUAGUCACAAAUAAUGAUGAUGUGUGGCUGGUAGAAUUCUUCGCACCCUGGUGCGGCCACUGUAGGAACCUAGUACCUGAAUACCAGAAAACAGCCAAAGCUCUCAAGGGCAUUGUAAAAGUAGGAGCAGUUAAUGCAGAUGAGCACAAGAGUUUAGGAUCAAAAUUCGGAGUCUCGGGCUAUCCUACAAUCAAGAUCUUCAAGGGUCGCGAUCAUUCCCAAUACCAGGGUCAGAGAACUGCCAAUGCUAUGGUAGAAGCCGCACUCCAAGCAGCGAAAGAAAUGGCCUUUGCACGACUCGGCAAGAAAUCUGGAUCCGGAGACAAGUCGGACGUAAUAACGUUGACAGACAGCAACUUCAAGGAGCUCGUGCUCGACAGCGAGGACAUGUGGCUUGUAGAGUUCUACGCGCCGUGGUGCGGCCACUGCAAGAAUCUGGAACCACAUUGGGCCAAAGCUGCCACUGAGCUUAAAGGCAAGAUGAAAUUGGGCGCUCUGGACGCAACAGUGCACACGAGUAUGGCAUCUCGGUACCAAGUGCAGGGAUACCCCACGAUUAAGUUCUUCCCGGCUGGCAAGAAGAGCUCCGGCUCCGUCGAGGACUACAACGGCGGUCGCACUUCUACCGACAUCGUCAACUGGGCUCUGGACAAGUUAACGGAGAACGUGCCGCCACCGGAGAUUAUCCAGGUUGUAGAUGAAGAAACGAUGAAAGCGUGCGCAGAGAAGCCGCUUUGUGUGGUGUCCAUCCUGCCGCACAUCCUGGACUGCAACGCCGCAUGCCGCAACGACUACCUCACAAUGCUCACGAAACUUGGAGACAAGUACAAGAACAAGAUGUGGGGUUGGAUCUGGGCAGAGGCUGGAGCUCAAACGUCACUAGAAGAAGCUCUGGAGCUGGGCGGAUUCGGCUACCCUGCCAUGGCCGUAGUUAACGCCAAGAAACUCAAGUUCUCUACGCUGAGGGGUUCCUUCUCUGAAACUGGCAUCAAUGAGUUCCUUAGGGAUCUAUCAUUCGGCCGAGGCCGGACGGCUCCAGUCAAAGGCGCACAAAUGCCCAAGGUGUCUAAAACAGAGCCUUGGGACGGAAAAGACGGCGAAUUGCCCCCCGAAGAGGACAUUGACCUCUCGGACAUUGACCUCGAAAAGGACGAGUUAUAAGUGAGAAUGGAUUAAUUCCAGAAUUAGUGUGAACGAGGAGCGUGUAGAAAUAAAGUUACCGAGGCGUUUUUUGUUUCUUAAGACGCACUCAGUGAUUAUAAGCCACUAGAGAGAAUACAUCAGAACUGUGAUUGUUAUUAACGCAUUUUAUUGUGUAAAAUAACUUGCAAAUCGACAGUAACAUCCAAUCAGAACUCAUUAUUGAUACAUACUUAAGUCACUGGGUCUCUGGUGACAUUUUGGGCAACAUAACAUUACUUAAUACGAAUAAUGACACCAUGUACAACAAAUAUACAUAUUUACGUUCUCUCUGACUCGAAACUAUAUCUCUCAAUUUUAUUAGUGUAAGAAAAUGAGUACAGUUUUGGAAUUGAAAUU